CUUGCUUCCAGAUCUGUCCAGUUCUCCAUCAGUCAUCCAAUUAAAACUCUUAUCAGAUCUCUACAUCCAAAUGGACCUGAUGUCAUGGUUAGCUCCGCCUCUGCUCUGUCAUCUGUGUGGUGACAUCACCUGGGAAGGGGUGGGGGGCUCCCAAUGGACUGCUGAGAUUGGUUGAGACUUAGAUAGGCCACUGUGUUCUCCUCUGGGAUUGGCUGCUGUACUGAUGAUGAGUUCACCUCUCUGGCAGUGGUUUCUUUAUUCAUGAGAACAGGCUGACUUGACAGGCCUCUCAGCAGCAGCAUUAGAGAGCAAACCAGACAGUGAACUGGUCACAAAGAGUCAUUCAGUCAGUUUCGUUAGAUGCUAACAAGGAUGCUAAUGUGCUGCUUUACUGGCUAGUGAGGCCAGAAGCUUGGAACGGGAUGAUUAAACUAGCAUAUCAGCGGUUUUUAAAGUGGGUUAGCAUCUUAGCUUUGAGAUGUAUUUCUGUGGUGGAAGCUCUGCGAUGUCUGAUGAUGACGAGGGGCCGUACACCAAACACUCCGCCGGGUCACGCCCUCCAGAUGGAGCGCUGGCCAUCAGGAGGCAGAGUAUACCAGACGAGUUUCGGGGCUGCUCAGUGGUGGAGCUGAUGAAGAAGGAGGGGACGACGCUCGGACUGACAGUUUCAGGCGGCAUCGACAAAGAUGGGAAGCCCCGGGUUUCGAACCUGCGACAGGGAGGCAUCGCUGCCAGAAGCGACCAGCUGAACGUGGGCGACUACAUCCGCGCCGUCAACGGCAUCAACCUGGCCAAGUUCAGACACGACGAGAUCAUCAGUCUGCUGAAGAACGUCGGGGAGCGAGUCGUACUGGAGAUCGAAUACGAGCUGCCGCCCGUCUCGGUGCAGGGGUCAGGGGUCAUGUUUAAGAACGUAGAAGUCACGCUCCACAAAGAAGGAAACAGUUUCGGCUUCGUCAUCAGAGGUGGCGCCCAUGAAGACAGGAACAAGUCUCGCCCCAUCGUCAUCACAAACAUCAGGCCGGGCGGUCCGGCUGACAGAGAAGGGACCAUCAAGCCGGGCGAUCGGUUGCUAAGCAUCGACGGGAUACGUCUCCAUGGCAGCACCCUGUCAGAGGCCAUGAGCAUCCUGAAGCAGUGCGGGCAGGAAGCCACACUGCUGAUCGAGUAUGACGUCUCAGUGAUGGAUUCUGUUGCCACGGCGUCUGGGCCGCUGCUGGUGGAGGUUGCUAAGGCGACAGGCUCCAGCCUGGGCGUGGCUCUGUCCACCUCCAUGUUCUGCAACAAGCAGGUCAUCAUCAUCGACAAGGUCAAACCAGCCAGCAUAGCAGACAGGUGUGGUGCUCUUCAUGCAGGAGAUCACAUUCUGUCUGUCGAUGGGAAGUCGAUGGAGUUUUGUUCUCUGGCUGAAGCCACACAGCUGCUCUCUGCCUCGUGUCAGACCGUCCGCAUGGAGAUCCUGCCACAACACCAGGCCCGUCCGGCCCUGAACGCACCGCAGCACGUCAAGGUGCAGCGCAGUCCCCGCCCUCUCCCCUGGGAGACCGGAGGCUCCGCCCCCAAUCUCCCCCCCUACCACUACAACACGUACCACCCCGACCAAUCAGCUGCCAGAUCGCACAACCGCCAUACAAACAACCCUCCUCUCAGCCACUCGUUCUCUCCCGGCUCCAUGUCGGCCUACAGUCUCUCGUCCCUCAACAUGAGCACCCUGCCCAGGAACAUGUAUCCCACGAGUCCACGGGGCACGCUGAUGAGGAGGAAGGCCAAGAAGAAGGACUUCAAGAGUUCCUUGUCUCUUGCGUCCAGCACUGUGGGUCUCGCCGGUCAGGUCGUUCACACGGAAACCACGGAGGUGAUGUUGCUUGGUGACGGCAUCAUGGGGUUCGGCCUGCAGCUGCAGGGCGGAGUCUUUGCCACGGAAACGCUCUCCUCACCGCCGCUCAUCGCUUACAUCGACCCCGACAGCCCGGCUGAGAGAUGUGGUAUCCUGCAGAUUGGGGACAGGAUUUUGUCCAUAAAUGGAGUCCCUACUGAAGACUCGACUCUGGAAGAAACCAAUCAGCUGCUCAGAGACUCAUCCAUCACCGCUCAGCUCACACUGGAGAUUGAGUUUGAUGUGGCCGAGUCGGUCAUCCCCAGUUCAGGAACCUUUCAUGUGAAGCUUCCAAAGAAACCAGGAGUGGAGCUGGGAAUCACCAUCAGCUCUCCAUCCAACAGGAAGCCAGGUGAUCCUUUGAUCAUCUCUGACAUCAAGAAAGGCAGCGUCGCUCACAGGACGGGGACGUUGGAGUUGGGAGACAAGCUGCUGGCCAUCGAUAACAUCCGGGUGGAGAGCUGCUCCAUGGAGGAAGCUGUUCAGAUCCUCCAGCAGUGCGAGGAGCUCGUCAAACUGAAGAUCCGAAAAGACGAAGACAACUCAGAUGAACAGGAAGUGUCCGGCAGCAUCAUCUACACGGUGGAGCUGCAGAGGUACGGAGGCCCGCUGGGAAUCACCAUCUCUGGCACUGAGGAGCCCUUUGACCCCAUCAUCAUCUCCUCACUGAGCAAAGGAGGGCUGGCUGAGAGGACCGGUGCCAUCCACGUAGGAGAUCGCAUUCUGGCGAUCAACAGCAGCAGUCUGAAGGGGAAACCUCUGAGCGAAGCCAUCAGUCUGCUGCAACAAGCAGGAGAGACGGUCACACUGAAGAUCAAGAAGCAGGGAGAACUGUCGAGCCCGAAGUCCUGUGUGAUUGGUCCAGGCCAGGGGCCGGGGCUUGGUCAGGAGCACCAGGACGGGGAGGAGGAGCCUGUGGUCAUGGUGGCGCCUCUGUCAAGCCAGAGGGCUUUCAGCACGCUGCCGUCCGUGGACAGUGCUGUGGAGUCGUGGGACGGAUCCAACAUGGACAGCAGCUUUACCAUCCCGGCUCCACCUUUUCAGUCGUCUCAGUACAGUUUCCACGAGUGGCGCAACGCCAAGACAGCCAACAGCCAAUCAUCUUCAUCCACUCGCCAGAGAGCCAACCCGCUGUCAGAUCUGGGCUUGAGUGACGACGACUGGGACCGCCCACCUCUCGGCGGAGCCUGUAAUCUGCCCAGCGGUCUAAUCAGUGACAGCAGGUUCACUGUGGGGCAUGAUGGGACAGAACCGGACCAGGAGGAGAACUUCUGGUCUCAGGCUCUGGAGGAUCUGGAGACCUGCGGCCAGAGUGGCAUCCUCAGAGAGCUGGAGGCAACCAUCAUGUCAGGCUCCAGCCUCAGUCUGAACCAUGACCCUGCCCCCUUGCGCAGCACAUUGGGCCGCCAGGCGAGCUUCCAAGAGCGCAGCAACUCCAGACCACAGGUGACAGCCCGGUCCAACACUCUGCCCUCUGACCCCCAGCGCCGAGCUUUUGCCAUGAGGAAGAUGAGGCAGGAAGUCAAUGAGAUCCUAAACCAAAACCCUGUGGAACUCCAUAAGCUGACUCUAGAGAAAGCCUCAGAUUUGGAGGAUUUUGGUUUCAGUGUGUCUGACGGUUUGUUGGACCGUGGUGUCUACGUCAGCAACAUCCGACCAGGAGGCCCAGCCGAGCAGGGGGGUCUCCGAGCUUAUGACCGAAUACUACAGAUUAACCAUGUACGGACCAGGGACUUCGACUGCUGUCUCGUUGUUCCACUGAUCGCAGAGUCUCCAAACCGUCUGGAGCUUGUCAUCAGCCGAAACCCCACCUCCUCUUCCUCCUCCCUGCUGGCCAAUCACACUGACGGCAACACCAACAGCGGUCACUCCCCUCAGCCAAUCGGCAGCGAGCUGGGCCCGUCAGAGCUCUCCACUGGCCAGGGAGAGGAUGGUGGAGCAAUCAAGUGGAGCCAACCAGGAGAUGGGCUGGUGGCAGGGCUUGGGGUGGGGCAGGUGAAUAAUAAAUCCUUAUAGCAGACAACACUGGAUCAAACUGGAUUAAACCAGUUCUAACCAGACUGGACUGGAGAGGUCAAAAGGAGUACAAUAUAAAUAAGUCAAAUUAAAGUGGUUUAGACUUAUCCAGACCAGUUCCAAGUGGACCCCCCACCCCCAUGGUGCUACACACCCUCUGGAUGAACUUUGACCCUUGACCACUAAAGUUUGACCUUUGAACUGCUAAAGCAACCUGAAAGCACAUUAAUGGACUGGAACAACUCCUCAUAUUUGCAUCUAAACCAGUUCCGCAUACUGGUCCUACUGGUGUCACUGGAACUAGAACUAUGACUACUGAUCCAAGUGAAACCACUGGAGCUACUGGUCCUGUUCCCCUAGAGCCAUGGCUACUGAUUUCGCUAAAGCCACAGUCAGUGGUUUUACCUGUGUAAGAUUAAAGGUUACCGGUUUCACACGCCUAUAACUAAGGCUACUGGUCCCACUGAAGUAAGUCAAUGAUCUCACUGGUCUCGUCUUAGUGAAAGAACCAUAGGUAGUGAUCCACCCGGAGCCAAUGGUCUUACUGGUCCAAGAAAUGGUUCUUCUCCGUGGUCUUAGUGGUCACAGAAUUGUGAGUACUAAGCCAAAGCCAUGGCCACUGCUUCUAUGAGUCCAAAGGUGUGGCUCCUGGUCUUCUGUUACAAGAACCAGAACCAUGGCUUGUGGCUGUACUGGCAAAGAACCACGGCAGCACAAAGACUGAUGGGACUCCAGGGUUCAGAACUUGCUGACAGACAGAUUGCCAAGGAGAAUAGGGAUGCUCCGAUCAGGCAAACUGUGGCUGAUGCCAUUGGGAUCAUCCGAAAUGAUACUGAUUGCUGACUGGUUUCAGUUCUUCAACAAGCCCACCACUGUGAUUUAUAUCAAAAAUGUUAAUCUCACUGGUCAAAAAUAUGAGCAUAUAAUGCUGGUACUUGUUUUGAAAGUCACAAUAGGCAACUCCUGGUUUGAUAGUUCUGAAAGUUUUGACGCUAACUAUGUGAUGCUCAAGUGGCACAAAACAUUAUUUGGACAAGAAAAACUGUUAGGAUAACCUGUUUGUUUUUAUCUCUUGCACAUGACCAAGUGUGGGUGUAUUUUGUUUGCAUAAAUCGCUUGCACCCCUUGCGCCUCCCCAGCUACACCCUAUUGUCCAAAUAAGGUCACUUUUAGCACUGAGAAAACCAAGAUGGCAACGGCCGUAAUGAGGCUCGAGGCUUCGAAACUGUAGUCCACCUACCAGUGGAUGAUGUCAUUUCUUUGACACAGUUUAUGAUUUUAGAACAAAAAUCAAGUAAUUUCCAAUAAUCAUCAGCUGAUACUGAUCGGAGCAUCAAAGACUGAGGGUUUACUGCUAAGAUUUUAGUUCUGUGCCAUGAACAAGCUGCAAGUUGGAAGAGUAAUAAUAAUCAUGUUGUUGAUGAUGAUAAUGACACUAAGCAGUUCAAUAAGAAUCUUUUUCUACUGUUUACACCUGGUGGACUGGCCACACUGUGUGUAUGUAUGUGUGUGUGUUUGUAUGUUAUGUGUGUGUGUGUUAAACACAAGGCCAGUUAAGCCCCUCCCACCUCAACUCCUCGUCUUGGCUUUGUCCUGUUCCCUACUUCUUCCCUUGACCAAUAAGUAGCCAGGAUGACAGACAGCAGUUCUGAGAGAUUCAGCUGAUUGGCUGGAACCAAUCAGAAAAAAAAGGUCUCUGCCUGUCUGUGAUUGGUUCUCCCCAACACACAGAUCGAUCAAUCAACUCCAAGAAAAAAGCCAAGCAUGCCCCCAUCCUAACUCCCCUGACCCUCCCAGUAACAGUGAUCUAUUAUGCUAAUCGAUUGGUGUGUUUUUUGAUUGACUGUUGUCAGUUUUCUCUGUUUGUUUGUUUUCAUGAUGACUGAACCUGAAAAGAUGUAAAAUAGAUUUAAAAAAAUGGUUCAGUCCCAUCGCUGUUCACAUCAAAUCCAUCAAACCCUAAAAACAUUCACAUCAUAACCACUAAAACAACAAUGUUACACAAGAAAAAAAAUCCUGAUAUAACAGGAAACCUGUGACAGUAAAUAUCUGUGUGUGUGUGUGUGUGUGUGUGUGUGUGUGUGUGAGUGAGUGUGAGUGUGUUUAUUUUGGAGUGAUGUCAACAUCUUCCUAUUCUCACCUCAGUCUGAACUCACUAUUUAAACUGGCCAAUCAGAGCCCUCCCUCAGCAUCAGCCACCAGUAGAAACCCUCCCUCCUCAGCCAUUAGCUCUGUGCUAAAGGUCCUGUGAUUUGGAUUGGAGAACUGUGAUUGGCUGUGAUUGUGCAGCAGCUGUUUCUGUGUGGAUACUUGUGACUGAUUGUUCGGCUCCGUCUUAAACUUUGUUAACUGUGACGUUUUGAGUCUGAAGCAAAGUGCUAUCUUGUAGUUAGCAUGUGGCUAGCAGAUACUGAGCACAGGGCUAGCAUAAGCCUAACAUGUGGUUACCAUUUGGGUAAACACUUGCAGCACAAGGCCAGCACUAGCUAUGGUUACCAACUAGCAAACAUACAUUUACCUCUGGCAAAUAUAUAGUUAGCACAAAGCUAACACAUGGAUAACAUAUAGCCAAUGAUGAUAUCUAGAUGUUAGCAUAAAGCUAGCCUCAGGCCUACAACUGGCUAACACAGCCAGUGUAUGAGCAGAACAAGCACAAGGCUAACAUAGGGCUGACAUCUAGUAGACAAAGCUAAUAUUUGGUUGGCAUACAGCUAACACAGGGCUAACAUCUGGCUUACAUAGGCAAUAUGUGGUCAGCACACACCUUAGACAAGGUUAACACAGGAGUGGAUCUGGUAAACCUGGUGGCCAAUGAAAGACUAAUUUGGCCAGUGCAAGGUUAAUACAGGGAUAACACAUGGUAAACAUUGCCGAUAUUUGGCUAGCACAUAGCCAUCUCAAAACUAGCAUCUGUUAAACAUUGCUCAUAGUUGUGGGGUGUGGCUAAAGCAGAGCUAACACCUGCUAGUAGUUAGCAUGGUAGUGGUAACUAGAAACAGCCUUGCCAGGUGAUAAACACUAUUAGCUGAGAUAAACUGCUCCACCAAUGUUGAAAAAGCCACAGAGCUGAGGGAUGUGGCUUCAGGAGGGUUUGAUGAGUGAGAUCUAAAGCCAUACACACUGUGUUUGUGCACAUGUAUUAACUGUGUGUGUGUGUGUGUGUGUUACAGUGUGCGUUUGUGUGUGUGUGCAUGUGUUUGAGUGUGUAACAUUGCAGGGAUUUGCACUCUAGUGAUUCACCUCAGCAAGACGUCCACACACACAGACUCACAGACGUACAUACACACACACACACACACACACACACACACAAUGCAUUGCACUGCCAUUUGAAAUAGUGGGUCAGAUUAGUUUCCAUGUAGCUUCACCAACCAACCAAACUGUAUUUUUCUUUAAAGGAACAGGGAUGUUGUAAAGUAUUUUUGUACAAAUUUAAUACUUUGGUAGCAUGACGUUCCUGGUAUUUGUCCUGUUGGGCUCCACUGCUCUCCUCCACCCCCCCUUUGUAUGGACGACUACUGAGCAACAAUAAAGAUGAAGACGUGCUGGGAGGA